GGCACGUCCUGUACCUCGGAUUGUAGCGUUGCGAGCUGCUGCUAUCGCUAGUUUGAACAAAAUGGCUGCAGAGGCACCACUAACGAAAGCCCACUGAACGGUAGGAAUUAUCAUCGACGAUGUUUUAAUGGAUAUCUUGGAAAUACACCUUCUCCAAAUAUUGGAUUUUGCAAGAAUUUGGUCUCUUGGAUUCCUCUAUUUUCGAGCAUUUCACAGUCGCGUUCUGUAAAACAUUUUUUUGCACUUUUAAAAAUGUCAGCUCAUCAAAGACAAGCCGAGAGAAGAAGCAGGGAACACAAGACCAGAACCAUUUGAUGGAAGAAAAGAAAAAGAGAAAGCAAGAAGAAAAGAAAAAGAAGGAAGCUGCUCAGAAAAAGGUCACUGAACAGAAAACCAAAGUGCCAGAGUCAGCCAAGCCCGGCCCCACCCCUCCUCCUCCCCCCGCCAACCCCAGUGCCACCCCGUCUGUGCCCCCCACCAGCAGCAGUGGCAGUAAUGGCAAGCGCGCCCCCUCCAGUGCCCAGCAGCAGUCCCAGCCCUCGCCCGCCCAACAGCGUUACCCGCCAAGAGAGAUCCCUCCACGCUUCCGCCAGCAGGAGCACAAGCAGCUGCUGAAGAGGGGUCAGCCGCUGCCCCCUGGGACCCUUUCAACUGUACCAGGACGCCCCGAACCUGACGCGAGUCAGAAAUUCUCUGGUGCAUCGCACACAGAGCUGCCCCCACAGAGUGGCCUGGGAGCCCAUUAUGAGAAUCCCCACUGGGGACACCAGUCAGCCAAUCGGAGUGCCACUUCCGCCUCAGCGUCGGUCAAUCACAGUGGCUGGGAUACAGUGAUCAUCGACGAGAGCGACACCGAGGCCUGGCCCUCCAUUUCCCGCAGCAGCCAGAGCCAGGGCCCUGCUGGAGGAUGCCCCUCGGACACUGACCCUGUUGGUCCGGCCAGCAGCAGCAGCAGUAUGAGCAUGGCCACGGGGGCCAACGGCCAGACAGGCCACUUUCCUGCCAACUACCCCAGCAGCAAAGGAACCAGCUCUGGGCCCGGCAGCUCAGCCAAUCACCCCGGGGCAGGCAUGGUCGGCAUGGCCUCCAGCCAAGGAGCAGCCAAUCGGGGCUGGGGAUCUGGUCCCGGUCCCUCCCCCCACGGCCCUCCUCAGUCCUCCUCUGUCGGAGGUGGGGAGGGGAAGAGUGAUGGCCCAAUGGGAGGAGGAGGAGGCAGGGGUUGGGGCUCCUCUUCCUCCACCACCUCCAACUUUAACUUGAACCUGAACCCCAAUGCCAACCCCUCGGCCUGGCCCGUUCUGGGGCACGACGGGGGCGGAGGAGCGGGGGAAAGCAGCUCAGGGGGAGCCAACCCCAAUCAACCCCCUUCUUCUCAACCCCCUCCAAACCUCUGCAACCCGCCAGGCACCUCUCACGCCCAGGGGAACGGCAACAGAGGAGGAACCAUGGUGGGCGGCACAAACGGCAACCUUCCGGUAGGGGGAGGCGACACCUGGGGAGAAUCAUCUGAGCCACACCCAUCCUCGUCCACGAAUGUGUCUUUCAGCUCAGAACCUCAGAACCUUAACACUGACGGACCAAAUCAUACUAGCAAGCAACAGGAGCCCCCUAUCCACAGCAUGUCCGGCUGGAGUGGCCCCUCCGGGGGAAUGGGCUCCCUGGGCCGGCCUCCUCCUGGAGCUUCGCAGCUGGUCAACGGAGAGGAUGGCAGCUCCGUCUGGGGCAACAAUGGAGACUCCAAGUCAGUCGCCUCCUCCGCGGAGCCUUCGGGCUGGGACUCUGGGGCCGGGGGCUGGGGGAGCCAUGGAAGCAGUGGUGGUGGAACCUCUGGAGGCUGGGGAGGCCAGAGCAGCGGAGAUGCCUGGGGGAAGCAGCAUUCUGGCGAGGUCCAGGGGGGCUGGGAUGCCCCCAGCUCUCCUCCCCAGCAGGCCAGCUCCUGGAGCGCCCGAGCCCCUAGCACCACGGUGGCCAGCGAGGGCAGCAGCGAGGGCAUGGACGGAGCGGGACACUCCCGCCGACAGGACCGGUCGUCCAGGGAUGAGCCUGCCUCCCUGCUCCCAGCCCCUGACCUGGACCCCAGGGUGCUGUGCAACACAGGCUGGGGCCAAACCCCCGUCCGCCAGCACACGUCCUGGGACAUGGAGGAGGCGGCACGCACCCAACGAAAGGCAGAUGCUGCCGGGACGGACUCUUGGGGAGGCUCCGUCCCCAACACUCCCACCGAGCCAGCCCAAGGGCCCUCCAACCCCAGCCACGGCCCCCCUCAUCGGGCUGACCCCAAGAGCGAGGGUCCCGGGCCUGGUCCUCAGGCUGCCCCUGGCUGGGGUGGCUCCAUGCCUCCAGCCAGCCAACCCGGCUCUGGCUGGGGCGAGCCACCGAGCAGCAAGAAUCCCCCCAACGGUCCUGGGGGCUGGGGGAACCCCCCACCAGGAGGCCCCGGGUCAGGCCCCAACAUGCCCAAAGCUGGGAACCAGUCCUGGGGAGCUCCAGAGGAGAAGUCCCCAAGCUGGGAUGAUUCCCACGGCAAGGCCCCCAAGCCCCAGGGCUGGGGAGAUGGGCCGAAGCCGCCCCACAGCGGCUGGGGCAACAGCGCUGGAGGAGGGGGCAAUGGAGGAGGAGGAGACUGGAGAGAGCCUGCAGAUGGCAAGAAGAACAGUCCCACCAUCAACCCUCCCUGGGAGGGAGAAGGAGCAGGAGGCUGGAAAGAGAGCAACCGAGGCUGGGGGAAACCUGGUCCGGGGAUGGGGGGAAAUGUUGGUGGAGGCUGGGGAGAGCCAGCGAUGGCCCAGCAGCGCCCAAGUGGCCCUGCCCAAGGAUGGGGCGGCAAGCCCCAGGAGAGCUCCAACGGCAACAGCGGAGGAGUUAGAGGAGGGAGCAUGGGCGGGGCAGGAGGUGGAGAAGGGAGCAUGGGAUCCUGGGGAGGCCCUGGCCCCGUGAAGCCCAGUGUAUCAGGCCGGGAGGGCAACGGGGGAGGAGGGAGCAAGCAGGACCCCUCAGGAGGAGAGCCCACAGGGUGGGAGGAACCUUCCCCACCCUCCAUCCGACGCAAGAUGGAGAUUGAUGACGGCACCUCGGCUUGGGGCGACCCGGGCGCCUACAACAAGACGGUCAACCUCUGGGACAAGAACAACCCUGAGGGAGGAGGGCCACCCAAAGGUAGACCCCCAGGGAACGCCCCCGCAUGCCCCCCUGGAAACAACAACCACCCACCACAUCACCCUCCCCACCAUCCUCACACCUACCACGGCCCCCCACCACCCCUCCAGAGCCAUGGGGGCCACAACCCCCAGGGCCCAGGCCAGAACAGUGGGCCCAUGGACCCAGCCAUGCCUCACCAGACUGCGCCUCCACCACACAGCAGACCACCCCUCAUGGGUCCAGGCUGGGGGGAGCCUUCCAGUGCCCACCCCAAACCAGAGCCCUCCUGGGGGGAGCCUUCUCCCCCUCCGGUCAGCGUGGACAACGGGACCUCCGCCUGGGGGAAACCCACCGGGAGCCAUGGGGGCUGGGGUGUGGGUGACAACAGCCCCGAACCCUACAGACGGGGUAACCCACCCCUUGGAUCUGCACCUUGCAAACCAGCCCCCAAAUCUAUGCAAGACGGCUGGGGUGGCGGCGUAGGUGGCGGUGGGGGGGAGGACAUGGGUUUGUCUGGGGGCCAGUGGGACCCUGACGACGGGGACAUGUGGAGCAGCCAGGCCUCCCAGGAGAGCAACUCCUGGGGCAACAGACCCAGGAAGGGCCCACCCAAGGGGAAGAUUCCGGGCAAGCAGGAGGAAGCCUGGAUCAUGAAUCGCCUGAUCAAGCAGCUGACAGACAUGGGCUUCCCUAGAGAUCCAGCCGAGGAGGCUCUGAAGAGGAACAACAUGAACCUGGACCAGGCCAUGAGUGCUCUGUUGGAGAAGAAGACGGAGCUGGACAGGCGGGGGAUCGGCAUGUCCGACUACAACAACUAUCUGAUCAACAAGGGACCAAUGGGUUGCCGGCCUCCCCUCCACUCCAAAGAGUCCUCCUCAGAUCGCUCCCCUUUCCUCGACAAGGACGGUGUUGGUAGCCUGGUGGAGGACGUCCUCACCUCCUCACCGUUUAUGCCUUGUUCCCCCGGCCCCCUCGGCCUGAAACUCCCCUCCCUGCCCAGCACUGCCCUGCCUCUAUCCAGCCAGGGCCUGGGUGGCCCACAGGGCCUAGCCAUGCAAAACUUGAACAACAGACAGAUGCAGAGUGGAAUGUUGGGCAGUAGCGGUGCAGCACAAGCCCGGGCCAUGCAGCAGCCUCCUCAGCCGUCAGUGCCGCCUCUCGGCUCCCAGCCUAGUCUACGCGCUCAAGUGCCUCAGUUUCUCUCCCCUCAGGUUCAAGCACAGCUCUUACAAUUUGCAGCAAAAAACAUUGGUCUGAAUCCUGCACUUUUAACCUCACCAAUAAACCCUCAACAUAUGACCCUUUUGAACCAACUAUACCAGCUGCAACUGGCGUACCAGCGUUUACAAAUUCAGCAGCAGAUGUUGCAGGCGCAGCGUAAUGUUUCUGCUCCCAUCCGACAGCAAGAGCAGCACGUUGCACGUACAAUCAAUAACAUGCAGCAGCAGAUCCAACAGCACCAGAGACAGCUGGCCCAGGCCCUGCUGAUGAAGCAGCAGCAGCAGCAGACCCUCGGCUCCCUCUCCUCCUCCGGCCUGCACCACGGCCAAGGCAAAUCAGCCCUGGACUUGUUCCCAGGCCACCCCCAGGCUCCGGGCCUACCCGACCUGCAGACCAAAGAGCAGCAGUCGUCCCCCAACUCCUACAGCCCCUACCCUCUCUCUGGACUGAAUCCUAACAUGAAUGUAACCUGCAUAGAGGUGGGAGGCCUGUCCAUGAAGGAGCUUCCCCAGCCCCAGUCUCGCCUCUCCCAGUGGACACACCCCAACUCCAUGGACAGCCUCUCUGGAGGUUCAUCCUCUCUGGAGCCCAACCUGAACAAGCACGGUUCCAACCUGGGCCCCCCCGGGAAGCCCCCCCAAAUGGAGGAUGGGUACAGCCCCUACGGCAUGAUGCCUGGCUCCGAGUCCCCCACCAACCCCCUGGUGCCCCCAGACAGCUGGAGCCAGGGCAAGAGCCCCAACGACAAGAUGGUCAACGGCGCCAACAUCACCUGGCCUCCAGAGUUCUGCCCGGGCGUGCCCUGGAAGGGCCUGCAGAACAUCGACCCGGAGAACGACCCCAACAUGACCCCGGGGAGCGUUCCCAGUGGCCCCACCAUCAACACCAACAUCCAGGACGUCAACCGCUACCUGCAAAGAGACCGCAGCGGAGGUAAAUUGUCGGACAUGAAGUCCACCUGGUCCCCGGGGCCCAUCUCCCACCCCUCCCAAGUCUCUCUGUCCCAUGAGUUGUGGAAGGUCCCCCAGGGGCCCCGCAGUAACACAACCGCCCCCACGCGGCCCCCUCCGGGCCUCACCAACCCCACCAAGCACUCCUCCACCUGGGGAGGCAACUCCCUGGGCCUGGCCCAAGGCUGGAGCAGCUCCUACUCCUCAGCAGCUACCACAUGGAGUACAGACAGCUCCAACAGGACCAGUAGCUGGUUGGUCCUGAGGAACCUCACUCCCCAGAUAGACGGGUCCACCCUGCGGACGCUAUGCAUGCAGCAUGGCCCCCUCAUCACAUUCCACCUCAACCUGACCCAGGGCAACGCAUUGGUGCGCUACAGCUCCAAGGAGGAGGCCGCCAAGGCCCAGAAGUCCCUGCACAUGUGCGUUCUGGGUAACACCACCAUCCUGGCAGAGUUUGCUGGGGAGGAAGAGGUCCAGCGCUUCUUUGCACAGGGCCAGCAGCUAGCCUCAACUACCAGCUGGCAGGCUGACCCAGGCGUCAAUCAGACGCGGAUGGGCGGUUCCGGGCCCAGAUCCUCGCACCCCAUUGGCCAUCCCCACUGGAACUCUGGUGGCGGCAUGGGAGGAGGUGGAGCCAAGACGGGCGGAGACCUGCUGUGGGGGGGCGUGCCCCAGUACUCCAGCCUAUGGGGACCGCCCAGCGGAGAGGAGGGGCGGGUCAUGGGGAGUCCUACUCCAAUCAACACGCUGCUGCCUGGGGACCUGCUGAGCGGGGAGUCCAUGUAGGACCACGUCACAGAGCUCCAUGCUAGAAAAAGGAGGAAUGGAAUACUACACAGGAAUACUACACAGUACUACAUAUAUACAUGUAUACAGACAGAAGAGCAAAAACCAAGCAGAUCAAUGUGGUGAUAAUCAGUGUGGGUGGGAUGAUCGAGGGACAGACUUGAGGAGCACAAGGUGACUCUUCUGUGUCCACGCUGCUCACCCUCUUCCAAUUUUUCUGUUUGUUUAAAAGAAAACAUGUCAUUUUAGAUUUGUUCGGCGAGAGGCUCGGGUUGCAGUGUUUAAAGUUGGGACUUUGGGAAAAGCACGAGUAUGCCUUUGACUCAAACAACAAAGGAAGAGAAACAUUUGAACUUUACUCUGAGAACUAUUUGUCAUGUGAAACGUGUAUUUUAGACUAACUGCUUCAAACAACGAGCUGCCAUCUUCAAAACUCCCAUAAUCCCUUGCUGCCUGACAGCAGUCAAUCCACACCUCAGAGAAACCAUAUAUACACAUCAUUCCCAAAGCCCAUCCCCUUCCUGUCGGGAAGGUUCCAGAACUUUCUACCAGUCCGAAAUUUCUCUUGUUUGUUUUUUCUCGGCACUAAUUACUAGCCUUAACCUCCCUCCUGGCCUGGUUCCCCUCCUUUAUUCACUGAUUCUCACUCACUCUGUACUUACUGAAGAAAACGUACUGAGAAUUGCACACUCAUUUCUGAGCCAGCGAAAACCGAGGGGAGAGGAUGUGCUUGUAAGAGACUGAGGCCACAGCAGCUCUCAACUGGAAGCCUCGGCGGUCACAAGCAUAUUAUUCAGUCCCCACCACUCUUAAAGGGAUUGAUGAUGCAAACGCAAAACAUCUUGUUCAUUUUAAAGCCAUUUUUGUCAUGGAGUUUUGUUUCCCCGAACCAUUCGCAAAAUAAGCGAAGAGAAAUAUGACUCCAGUGUGUGAAUAUUUCCGGGGGCGUGUGUUUCCAUGCGUGUAUGACCGUCUUGUUGAAGUCUAGUAACCACUGCUCUAUGGAACUGUAACAAAACACUUUUGAAAUGCACCUCAACUCGUUUAAGGACGAACUUGUGGUCUGGUUCCCCCCUUUCUGUGACUGCGGAAGACCUCAGUCAUUACCGUUGUCCACUAAUCUCUCCUUUACACCAACACACCAUUUCAAGUGACGUGCAAUAUAAGCCACAGACUACUCUCUACUACCGUCCACCCCAAGUACUCAAAGGGUUUCUCUCACAAACCUCUUUCAAGAGCAGAGACAAAAUCAGCAAGGACUCUCUAUAUCCAUCCCCCCUGGGUGUGUGAGCUGGCUGGACCCACUUAUCCGUGAAACACAAGGAUAUACAACAAGCACUUGUUAUUCAGUCUUGGACUAGGUCUUUCUAAUCCAGCCGCACACAACAGUGACUGACUAGAGGGGCACAGGGCUAAGGAAGGGGGUGUAUGGGGCAUUAUACCAAAACGAGACUUGUUCCUUAUCUACCCACAAGACGAAACCAUGCAUUUUUUUCUUUCCAUUGUUGUAUUUGGUACAAAAAAGUAUGGAACAAAUAUAUAACUGCUUUAUAAAAAGAGGUGGUUUAUCAUAGCACUUAGCAAAGAGCGGCAUGCUCCUUCACUUCAAUGCCAACGAAUCAGAAGAGGAGAAGCGUGUGACACUGAAAAACUCGAGAGAAAAAACUCAAACAAAAAAAACAAGCAAUCUACUACGACGUGGCUUCUCCGUAACUCUUUAUGAACUGUAACACAGAUGUGAAACUAUUUUCAGUUUUCAUAUUAUUUUUAUUUUAAACCUUCCCUUUCUCGUGGUACCAGGAAAGUUUCUGAAAUGGUAGCAAAAUGAAGGGAUGGAAAGGAAAGAAAGAAUGAAAGACUUUGGGCACUAUCGGGUGUGAGACCCCGAAGCACUCGCCUGUUUUCCCUUUCACUCUUUCAAAGUAAAUAUCACUGUUACAUGACUGAAAAUCUUUAGCCUUGUUGUCUGGAGACGCAACUAGAUGCAGCGGCAAUGUUCUGUGGAUGGAUUCUGCAGGGGGAUCGCCAUUUUCUCUCUAUCUCAACCUUUUUCACAAGCCCUGCCAACCUGUAUGAUCGUGUGGCCAUUGAGUGCCUGCCUGCUGCGGAGGGGGUGGAUUUCAUAGAAGCUCCACACCAGGCCUCUGCAGCAGCUCUCACCCCACCUUCCCCUCUCCCUCCCUGGGGAGCCUCACAGACUGGUUCCCUCAGGGACCUCCCGGGCCUCUGGUGCCCAAGAGCAGCUGUCAGAACUGUCCGAUUCGUAUUAACUACUACUACUGCGCCAGCUUCUGUUGUUUCAUCACCUCCACUCUAUCCCUCUCUCUUCUGUUGUUCAUCACCUCCACUCUAUCCCUCUCUCUUCUGUUGUUCAUCACCUCCACUCUAUCCCUCUCUCUUCUGUUGUUCAUCACCUCCCCUCUAUCCCUCUCUCUUCUGUUGUUCAUCACCUCCCCUCUAUCCCUCUCUCUUCUGUUGUUCAUCACCUCCACUCUAUCCCACUCUCUUCUGUUGUUCAUCACCUCCACUCUAUCCCUCUCUCUUCUGUUGUUCAUCACCUCCACUCUAUCCCUCUCUCUUCUGUUGUUCAUCACCUCCACUCUAUCCCUCUCUCUUCUGUUGUUC